CACAGCCCACAUCUACACUCUGUGUACAUCCGUAUACGCGCACAUAUACAUAUAUAAAUCUGUAUAUACGAGGGUGCACGAGAUGGAAAGGAGACCUGAAUGAGCGACUGACUGAAUGAGUGACACAUACCCGCACUCGUACAGUGAGUAACCGACUGACAUUCCAACAGCUGUCAAAGUGUGAAUAUCAGAGAGACAUCGCACAGGGGAAGAGUACCGUGCUCCUUGAUUUGCAUAUGAGAGAACAGAUUUCCUCCCACAAACAGGAAACAUACUCAUUCAAAUAAUUUACGAUGCUCUGGGGCCUGAGGCUAUGUUUUAUGGCCUAAUCGAAUGGGACUGGCCCUGGCCAAAGCCCACAGAUAAGCCAAAUCAAUAAUUUAUACACUCAAAACUUUAUCGAGUGACCCCCGCAUUCCCACAACACAGACUGCUGUGUUAUUUGCUGCUGAUUCAAUUAAAUAAACGCUCGAAAAAAGUGCUCAGCAAUUGCGUCGAGAGUCUCCAAAGUCUACACAGAAGCAGCCCCACCGAGGGGCACCCAGAAGAGACCAAUACAGCCGCCAUAAUCCCCCAGUUCGUUCAGUGGAUCACACAUCAACAUGAGAGUGCAACGGAUACCACUGCUGCUCCAGUGCCCACAUCUACUGCUGAUGGCCCUCUGUGCCACAAGCAUCUGCCUUUCGAUGGGCCACAGCGAUGAGAUCGUGAUGGUGGAGGACCUCAUCAAGGUGGAGGAGACUGGGCAGCCAGAGGACAACAGCAGCACCAUUGCCCUGAUCACCCUGAGCGAAUCCGGCAGCGAUGAGGCCGAGGACAAGGACGAGAGUAGCCAAUCGAAUGUUUCGGAUGAUCUGAUAUUUCUCUCCAACAAAAACAAAAGCCAGAGCCAGCUCUCAGAAGACACGUCCACGUCCGAAGAGCAGUCUGCAGAGGAGCAGCCGCCAGAGGAGAGCCCCGCCGCCCAGCCCAUCGAUCUGAGUGCCUUUGUGGCUCUGAUCCCGGCCCGAGAAGUGCAGUCGAUAGCCAGCCACUACUACCACCAUGAUGCGGAGGUGCAACGGGCCUAUGCCUUCCUCUCCACUAGCUUCGUGGCCAUCAAGCACCAGAUGCUGCAGCUGCCAGAGGUCCUGGCCUUCACCCGAUACCUGAAUGCCAGCGGCUUGGAUGUGCUCAAGAUAAUGGAUUCGCUGGCGAAAGCCAGCAAGCCCUCGUCUUUGGACUUGCCCACCAAUUCAGCGGCUGCCAAUGCCAGCGAUUGGGGGAGCACCACUACUAGAGAGCCACUCAACGGCCUGCACGGGCUGGUGGACAGCAUCCUGGACGUCCUGCCGCAGGACCAGCUACUGGCCACCUUCUUCGACAAGACCGAAAGCGACAAGCAGUUCGCGGCCCUCGUCGACAGCAUCGGCACUCCCAAGUUUGCCAAAAUCCUCAGCAAUCUUCAGAACUCUGUGCCGCUGCGUAAUCUAAUCUUUGUGAUGCACUCCAACGGCAUCUACGUGGAACGGAUUGUGGAGUCGCUCAAAUCGUACUUUUUCCUCGCUAGCUUCUAGCCUCCCUGUGAAAUAAACGAAACGAACCCCCAGAACCCAUCCCACUUUAAAGAUA